AUACAGGAGACGACUGUGGUUGUUCAGUGUCAUUUCUACCGAUGGAAUGGCCAUAUAGUCCCUCUUAUGAUUCUGAGGAAGUAAACACAAGAGUUGUCAACUUCAUAUGGCAAUCUGUGAAAGGCAGUUUCUCUCCGUCAAUGGAAGUCCACCUGCUUGAUACCGACUUCCAAACCACCGGAAUAGGACAGGUCGACAGUCUCUGCCAGCUGGAAAAUAUUAUGCAGUUCGAAUUCAGUAGAAAAGGUUUUGAUUUGUUCAAAAAGCCACACAGAAAGCUACUUGUGAUCGGCGACGACGUCGACUUCUUCACAAGAGUUACUGAAGCGGGCGCGUUGGGCGAGAUAUUCGAGUCGGUGUGCGCGGUGGCAGUUGGGAACGUGACGCUGAGCGACAGUCUGCUCAGCCAGUUCGCAUCCACUGCCAGUCCAGGAGAACCUUGUGUGUGGCGGGUGGACUCCUACGACCAACUGGGCGAUCUCCAGCCAGAAGUGGAGGCCGUAAUCGACGAUGGAAACUGUCUUUGUCCUGGCGAAACGAAGGGUCAAGGGGCAUGCGCAGGGCCCGGCGAGAGCUGCGUGUUCGACGAGGACUGCGGUCUGAUGGGCGACUGCGUCAGCGGCGUCUGCAGGGAGCGACCUUGCUACGUCCCUGACUCCUACGACCCAAGCAGCGACAUUGAUGUGCAGCGGAGUCCCAGCGGUGUGUGUUUCCCCGGAUUCUGUUUGCGACGGAACUGUUGACUGCAUCAACGGGGACGAUGAGACGCCGGAGGCCUGCGAGAAGCGGAGAAUGUGUGUCGAGGCGGAAGGUGUGUGACGCCGAGGUCGACUGCCCUGACGGAUCCGACGAAUUCUGUCGCAACUUCACCGACUGCCCCGCACCUCGGUCGCACUACUGCUCGUCCGGGGAGUGCAUCGGCCUCCGUCAUAUAUGUGACGGAAAGCUAGACUGUCUGAGUGGAGAGGAUGAGUUUUCUUGCCAGUGCUUAAACUUUAAAUGUUUGUCAGGAGAAUGUAUAAGUACAUAUGUUAAGUGUGACGGUAGACAAGACUGCAAAGACGGUUCAGACGAACACUGCGCUCCGCCCAACGGAGAUCAAUGCCCAUCGUCUCGUCCAUUUCCCUGUAAUGAUGGCAAAUGCAUUUAUGAUUUUCUUUUGUGUGAUGGUUAUGAACAGUGUGCUGAUGGCUCUGAUGAAGACCCUAAGGUCUGUGUAACGUCUGAUUGUUUCACUUGCGAUUCUGGAGUGAUAAAUCCUGGAGUGCGAUGCGACGGAGUGGAAGACUGUGAGGAUGGCUCUGAUGAAAGCGGAUGCCAGUCCUUUGAAUGCCCUGAUGACAGCUUUCAUUGCACUUCUGGGGAAUGUUUAGAUGCGGACGUGGUCUGUAACGGCCGAGAAGACUGUCGAGACGGAAGUGACGAAGCAUCUUGCACAUCUGCCUCAUGCCCCGCGUCGAGGCCACUUUUUUGUUCCUCAGGAGAAUGCAUUUCUUUCUGGCAAGCGUGUAAUGGAAUUUUCGACUGCAAAGACCACAGUGAUGAGAGUAGGUGCCCAGAUAUUCCAUGUCCUCCUCACAGAGACUUCAGGUGUGCAGCUGGACAAUGUUUAGACUCUUAUUUCGAUCUUCAGUGCGAUGGCAGAGAGUCGUGUGCUGACGGCAGUGACGAAUCGAGCUGUGACUCCUUCCAGUGUCCUGAAGAUCGAUCCUACAAAUGUGAUUCAGGGGAAUGUUUGUACGAUUAUGAUUAUGAAUGUGACGACUACAGAGACUGUAAAGAUGGAAGUGAUGAGAAUGAUUGUGAUAUAAGUCUCCCCUGUCCGGAUAGUGACGACUUCCGUUGCAGCUCAGGUGAGUGUGUGUGGAAUGGCAAUAGGUGCAACGGAAGGAUAGACUGUGUUGAUGGUAGUGACGAGACUGAUUGUCAAAGUUUCACGUGUCCUGAGAAUCGACCUUUUCAAUGUGGAUCAGGCGAAUGUUUGUAUGAAUAUGAUGUCUGUGAUGGACGGAUUGACUGCGAAGAUGGAAGUGAUGAAAACAACUGCAAGGACAAAUGCUAUAGUGAUAGUAUUAAUUGUGGGUCUGGUGAAUGCAUCUAUAGCUGGAGUCGAUGUGAUGGAUAUCCAGACUGUCGAGACGACAGUGAUGAAGCCAGUUGCAAUGAAUUCACGUGUCCUGCAAUUCGCCCAUUCCACUGCGGCUCAGGGGAAUGCCGACGUCCCUACCAUCGGUGUGACGGCUUCGUGCAGUGUGCUGACGGAAGUGACGAAGUUAACUGCGCCAAAUUCACGUGCCCAGAUUAUCGGCCCUUCAAAUGUGCUUCGGGAAUCUGCAUCACCAUCUACCAAGUGUGCAACGGAUUCGAUGACUGCGGAGACGGAAGCGAUGAAGUCGACUGCCAGGAUUUCAAGUGUCCUCCUGAGACAGCCUUCCAAUGUCCAGAGGGCAACUGUAUUCCCGUCCGUUUUGUGUGUGAUGGAAACAGGAACUGCCUUGGAGGCGGCGAUGAAGAAAAUUGUGAGAACUACGAGGUGCAAUGUCCCAAAAAGUUUAAGUGCAAAGAUGAUAACAGAUGCCUAAGGUUGUCAUGGGUAUGUGAUGGCUUUAAAGACUGUAAUGAUGGGUCAGAUGAGGAAAAUUGCACUUGAUGAGUAGUCAUAUACCUAAAAUGUUGUUGAUGAUCGUUCAAAGUCCAUGUAUUUUUCCUACGUACUGACAACUGAUAUUAUCAGAAGUCAUCAGAUAAAGUUAUCAUUAUUGAUCCUUCAUUCUUAAAUUUCAUUCCAAUUCCACCUAGAAUGAUCUAGAUACAACGUACAUGAAUGAUAUAAGCCACUGCACAUAACACAAGAAAAAAUACAUAAAUCGCACUACUUUGGUAAUGUCUUGCUUUGGGUCAGUAGCAAACAGCAACAAAAUACAGUAUUAUGAACUAUUCCAAACAUGGCUAGAAACUUUUUGGUUAUGAAAAAUACUCUUUUGUUUUCACGUGUUUUGAUGUGCAGAUAUUCAAAUAAACAAAUAAGUAAA